AUGAGAUUACCGAAGUUUUUUUCUCGAGAAGAGGAUAAUAAGGAGGAGCAGGUGAAGGAGAAAGGUUUUGAGGUAGCAGAUUGUGACUUUGCCUGUGAAAGUUGCGAGUCUAAAUUUCCAAAGUCGAUGAAAGUGGAUAUGGAGAUACCAAUAUGGAACAGCACUCAGCCUUAUGAUUUACACUUUGUGAUCUCAAGUGGUAAGACUGACUGGAUACGAGACCCCAGCGAUGAAAAGGGGCAACUUCCACACGAAUUUUCCAACUGGAUUACAAAGUACUCAGAGGCAUUGAAUCUCAGUAAUGUGAAGUUGUCAGUCAGUUCACUUCAUCCCCCAGAAAUGGAAACCGAUGAAGAAUACAGUCAGCUCAAAAAGGGAGAUGUGCUUUUACUUCCAUUUUUCGUUUGGAUUAAAAACUUAAAGGUCACCGAUGUUUCAGAAGUUCUCAACCGAGUCGUCCCCGACUUAAUUGAAGCUCGUAAUUCCCAGUCAGCACCAACAUUAAGUUACGAUCAGUUCCCAAGCUUAAAAUUCGAAAUAGACAAUUUCCUGUCUUACAUAUUAUUGUGCUCUCAUAGAACAAGAGAUAAGAGAUGCGGCAUCACAGCGCCGAUUAUGAAAAAGGAGAUAGACAUAAACUUGAGAGAUUUUGGCUUAUUGAGAGACAUCGGCGAUAAUAGGCCUGACGGUGUACGAGUUGUCUUCAUUAAUCAUGUUGGCGGUCAUAAGUUUGUUGCGAAUGUUAUUAUUUAUUUAAAAAAAUCUGGGAAGAACAUUUGGCUAGCUAGAUGUACUCCAAACAAUGUCAAGCCGAUUAUUGAAGAGUGUAUUUUGAAGGAUGGCAAAGUUUGGCCCGAUAAUGUGAGACUUAUUCAGAGAUUCGAGCCCAUCGACUGGUAA